UAUUUUCUUGGAAAUUAAGGUUGAUUUCCUAUUUAUCUCGACGGAGAAAGAAAUUAUUCCAAGUUAUUAGUUUCCAAUCAACCAAAAGAGUCUCAAAUAUCUUAGCUUCAUCGAGUUUGUUUGCGCUAAUCCAAUUGUGCUGACCCUUCAAAAAGGGAUCUUCUCUGUUUACAAUUUAAAAUAUAUGAGUGUAUGUAUGUAUACACUUGUAACUUUGAGAGAGCCUGUUUGAGAAUUGGAAGAAUUGAGAAUUCCAAUUGCCUUUUGGAAGUCAGUCGGUUUCUCACAUCUCACUUGGAUUGUUGAAAUCUUUUGGACCUUCUUAAUUUAUUAAAGAGAUCCAUUGAUUUUUAGGAUCACAAUUGUUUUUUGGAGCAACGGGAUCUUGCAGAAACCUCAAGAAAGAUUUUGUAAAAAGGUACUAGGUGCAAUCCCGGUCCAAGUAAAAUGGAACCCCGACUGGAUGCUGGCCAAGCAGAAGCCAUUUUGAUAACACAUUUUGUAAAUCCCCACAAAUUCAGCUAUGUUAAAUGCAAGGAUGUACAAAACUUGGCCAUCUUGGUUCUACAAAUAGAGCAGGACUUAAAGGAUUACUGCACCAGUGAAAGGUCAAAGACCUUCUACAUAGAGGAUGAAGGGGUUAUUGUGCGCUACAUGCCAUGGAAUCCGCCCAAAUUGCUGCGAGGUGUGGUUCUCAAGCGCCAGUUCGAGGAGUACCUGGUUAGGAUCGUGGACUACGGAUUCACCCUCCGCUGUUCUGUGCGGGAUUUGUGGCCGCUGCCUGAGCAUUUGAGCCGUAGUUUCUGGGACAUCAAAGAGGGUGGAGUGGCGUUUAUCACUCCCUCUUUGGGAAGUUGCUGGCCACGAACCGCCAUACAAAGCCUUGACAAGCAGCUGGAGGAUGCCACCCAGCUCACUUUUAAAGUCUUAUAUCAAAGCCCAUCCAAUCGAGACUUUGGCCAGCUUUUGUUAAGAUCACCCAACCAGAAUGAAGAUGCAGCAUAUUUUCUGGUACAGCAAGAACAUGCCCGCAGCAAUGAAUCUCAAACCAUGUUUAUGGGAAGCUCUUCCGAUGAGUUAAGCUUUGAACUGGCGGAGAUCAACGACUUGGCGAUCAGUGCGCGUCCGCGUGUCAGGAGCAUAAUGGUGCUAGUGGCUGGUAGUCUGUCCUCCGAAAACCCCCAGAAGCUUCAGCUCCAGAAGCCCAUCUACACCAAUGUAUCCAAAGAAUUAAGGGCAGUUGCUAAUAGAUACACAUUAACUCAUCCGGCAACUCAGCCCCAGAAGUUGGAGGCGUUACUUCAAAAUCGCAACCCCUACCUCAUACCAGAAACUGGAAAAGUCCUGAGUAAGAUUCAAGGCAACAGCGAUAAUUCCGUGCAAACUGCCCUAUUUAACAGGUCAAAACAGAUUGAUAAAAAAAUUCCAGAUAAGAACACAUUAGAUGCAAAUAGUAAACCGGAAGAAAAAUUUGUAAGAUCAGAGAAUUUAUCAGAUUGUAUCUCAAAGCUGAAGCUAUCAACAGUUAAUAAAAUAUGUAAUCAGGAAGACCCUGGAUGUAUUUCUAACUCGACAAAUUCAACAGUGACAUCUGAGAAUUUCAGUGCACAUCUUAAUCUGUCAUCUCCAUCUACAAGUUUUGGUGCACAGAAACAUAAAAUAUUCGAGCCAUUACCAACAUCUUUGUCUGUAUCUUCGAAUGGUACUAAAUCCGACCAACUAAAUACUCGAACAGUAACCUUUUCGAUGGAGAAGUUGGAUCAGAUAUUUAAUGACAUGCUUCGUAAGACAUCCUCUGGCAGCAGGAUACCAAGAACUGGAAGCUCCCAGUCGAAUCCAAGGACUUUGACAUCAACAUCUGAUUUGGCGAAGAAAGCUGAAUCCGACGUAGAAAUUCCAGUUUAUAAGUCGAAAGGUUCUCCAACCCACUCAGUGCUGGCACAUAGCCCCGAGCCAGUGGAUCCUGUUAGAAGUUAUAAGGAGCUACAUCUGUGCAAGGAAAUCCAGUUGGCCAUGACUGACCUCAAGUUUCAUUCGCCACUGCCCACUCAAAUGUACGCCUGGCCACAUCUCGUGCAGGGCGGAUCCCUGGUGCUGGUGAAUGGCUGUGGAUCGGGUCGCUCCUGGAGUUACCUUCCUGUGGUCUGCUCAUCCGUGUUGCGUUUCUUGCAAAAUCCCCCCACUUCCCUUGAGGAUCGCCUUGCUCCGGGUCCUCUGGCCUUGCUGGUGGUGGAUUCUGUAGAGAAUGCCAAGAAAUUGACCUCCCAUUGCGACUUCCUGAUGAGGGACUACAACACCGAGUUUCCGAAAGUGGUCAAUACACACGCUUAUUCCAUGGAGGAUGUAUACCUUAUAUUACUUAACUCCUGCGGUGUUUUAGUAACCACUAUGACCCAUUUGUUAGACAUUUUGGCCAAUACAUUAAACCUUGUGGAUCUCACUAGAUUGCAGUUCCUCAUCUUCGAUGACUUUGAUCGCAUGCGCUUGGGGAAUCCUCAACUCCUCGACGAAGUGCUGCAGAAAGUGCAUAGAUUUGGAUGUUUAACUAUGCAGUUGGUCCUGGUGGCUCAGCAAUGGCAUUCGGAGAAAUUCAGGAAACUCUUGAAGCGAUCGAUAAAACCACUUAUACUCUUUGGAGAUUUUUUCGAGGCUGCCCUGUACGGAGGUCUCAAAAUGAAAAUCAUUCUACGCAAUUCCGCCUUGAAGACCAAACAGCUUCUCGAAAUCCUGGCGGCACAGGAAGGUCCAAGGAAGCGCACAUUGAUAUACUGCAAAGAUCAGAUGGAGCUGGAUCACCUGAAAAUAGUUUUAACCGGAGCUGGAUAUAAAUGUGUGGGCGUUUCAAGAGCUCAAAAUCUGGAACCGAACGAGUUAAUGCUGGUCAACGAUAGCCAGCUCCAGGAACAGCUCCCCGUGAGGAACAUUGAGCUGCUUAUCCACUUUAGUCUUUCGGAGUCCUGGCUGAGAUUCGCUAGUCGAUUCCAUUCCAUGGCAGGCAACAUAAGUAAUUUAUUGACAACAUCACCGGGAAAUGAGAAACAUUCCUUGGUCACCUACUUGAUGCUGGACGAGAAGAACUCCAGGGAGUGGUCACGCACCAUUAAAUUCCUACAGGAUCACGGCAUCGCCACGAAAGAGUUGAUGCCCCACAGCUGGCUGAAAUUGGAUGACAGUCUUCCCUUCUGUCCCUACCUACUGAGCAGUGGUGAUUGCAAUCGUAACAAGUGUAUUAAGCGACAUUACUACAUAAGAACUGAUCUUCCGGUACCCGGAAAUCCGCUUCAGCAACCUGGGACAUUAAUUCGCUGCAAAUUGUAUCGAGUCUACGAUGCCGUUCAUAUGGCCGUCUGGCCUAUAAAGUAUAAAACCAAGAACUCGACCUCAUGGAUAGAAGUUCCAUACCCCUCCAAUCCUUCGACAUUGAUGCUUAAAAUGAGUUUGGGAGUGCCGAAGGAGGUACAUAGGCCGUGUAAUCUUAACGAUGUGUGUUUUGUGCUGUACCAGGAAACCUGGAGGAGGGUGAGGAUUGUGGACAUCCCUCCCAAACAACCGAUCACUGUCCAAUUCCUGGAUCACGGCAGAGAGCUAGUGCAGGUUAAGCCAUGUGAGCUAAGGCAGUGUCCGGAAAAGUAUAGAACCUUACCACCUCUGGCCAUGGGUAUACGUUUGUCAGAGCUAGUUCCAGCUGGAGAAGAAGGCAAGUGGUCGUCGGACUCCAUUCAAUGGGUUCAGGAAAACUUUCAUGUGGUUAAGGGUCAGGUGAUCCAGGUAUGCGUUGAUUGCGCCGUUUUAGAUGUGGUCUAUGUCAAGGAAGUCGCCUUAAUUGAGGAAUGUCCAACGAUGCUUACAAGUGUGUACAAAAUCUUUUUAAGCAAGGAACUGAUUCGACAAGGAUUCGCCAAAAUAGACAAAACAAGCAUACAAGAACUGAGGGUCAUGCACGAGCAUCAAAAACAGGAAUUGGAAAAGCUGGAAGCCAAAAAGGAAAACCUUAGUUUCGUAAAGAAGAAUACCGAUUUAAAGGAUCAUAAAAUAGAUCUUACUUCUCCCAGAAAGGAAUGCACAGAAAUGGCCAAAAGAUCGGAGGAAAGCGAUUGUAAUAAUAAGAUAAGCUUGAUACUAGCAUCACACAAAAGAUUUAUAAAUACAGAAAAAUCAGGAGAGAAAGGGAGUAAGGAAUUAUAUAAAGAAAACACUUGCAAAGUGGAUACUGAGGACACUGACGAGAAAUCAAUACAGGAAAAACAAGCCCAUACCGAUCCAUCAAUGGACAGUACUACUGCACUGUUAAACACUCUGAUUCAAGAGUUGAAUACUGCGCCUCCCUCAAAGAAAAAGGAUACCCAACAAUUUAUUCACAACCUUGUAAACGGAGAGGAUAACCAGGACAUCCCUAAGAGGAAGUCCUGUGCAAAACCUAUAAAACUAAAUAAUAAUCUUGAAGUAUUUCAACUGGAGCCUUCGAAGGAACAAGUAUUGCAGUCCUUGAACUGUGCCACAAAGUCUGGAGAAGUAGUGCAUCCCAGGGUUAAAUGGCACCAGACCCAAACCCAUAUCGAGCUAAUCAUUGAACAGCGGGUGCCAGAGUAUAAGCUCAUUGUAGAGGGAAAUACCUUGAUUUAUAAAGUGACAAUAACUACUCCUAGUCAACGAUGCCUGUUGAAUCUGCUGGGCGAGGUGAAGAUCGACAGGGAGAGGCAACAUGGCUAUUACCUACAUGUCAAGUUGACCAAGGUUGGUUUACCAGUUUACUGGCCAACUCUUCUUAACUCUCUGUAUGCCCAACAACAUUCUCAUUGGUUGAUGUACGAUACUGAGCGUGCUCAGGGACCUCCACCAUCGGUGGGUCUGAUCCUUUGGGAAGGGUAUCUAAAUCACGAAAAACGAAAUAACCACUCCGAUUCAGAGGAAGACGAAUUUAAUUCCCCUUCGGAUGUCUUUAUCGAGUCGGAAGUGGAAUAUGGCAACGUGGACGACUCUGUAUAUGAGGACUUUUAGGGUUAUCACACUUAUUUUUAUUAUCUUGAUCUAUUUUCUU